AUGUGGCGCAACGGUAACAAAGUCACCGGCACAAACGAUGCUCCUUUAGGCGCUCCUCGUCGAUGGGGUGGCAGCCAAUCGGAUCCCAAAGAUUCGGGUGCAUUUGGUGGCUUGGGUGCUCCGACUUCGUAUACCUCUGCACCUACCACGAACCGUGAUGAUGCACCCCCACCCCCUCCCCCUCCUGCUAGCACUGCUCCCGAACCGCCGCCCACGGAACGCAAGCGUAAAAGCCGUUGGGGAGCCGAAAGUGAAAAAGUCAACGUUGCUGGCCUACCAGUAGCUAUUAACGGGACCGUCGAUGCGGCAGAUCUCGAUCGUUAUGCUGCUACCCUUCGUCUGGAGCAGGUCAACAACAAAUUGCGGAAUGGUGAUGUUGUUCCACCUGAAAAGGAGCGAUCGCCUUCUCCACCCCCGACAUACGACGGUCAAGGUCGCCGAACCAAUACCCGAGAAUUUCGUUACAGACGCAAAUUGGAAGAGGAACGGACGAAGCUCAUCGAAAGGCUGAUCAAAAUCGACCCAUCGUACCGCCCACCACUUGAUUUCGAAGCACAAAAAAAGUUUGGCGGUAACAGGUCCGGCAGGCCCUCUGAAAAAGUCUACAUUCCAAUCAAGGAGUUUCCAGAGAUCAAGUUCUUCGGUUUACUGGUUGGGCCUAGAGGUAACAGUCUAAAGAAAAUGGAGGGAGAAAGUGGCGCCAAAAUCAGUAUCAGGGGUAGAGGAAGUGUCAAGGAGGGAAAGGGCCGGAAGGAAGAGUUCGCCGGUGAUGAUGAUGAUGAGAUGCAUUGUUUGGUAACGGCCGACACCCAAGAUAAGGUUGACAAAUGUGUCAGAUUGAUCAACAAAGUUAUUGAAACAGCCUGUUCGGUACCUGAAAGCCAAAAUGAGCAAAAACUCAAUCAAUUACGGGAGCUCGCGCAACUGAAUGGUACCUUUAGAGAUUUCGAAAACCAGGUUUGUCAAAACUGCGGCAACCCAGGUCAUCGCAAAUACGAUUGUCCCGAGCAGCGUAACUUUUCUGCAGGUAUAAUCUGCAGAAUUUGUGGAGGGGCCGGACACAUGGCUCGAGAUUGCACUCAGCGACGUGGUUUCAAUGGCAGUAAUUCCGCUGCUGCUGGUGGCGGUGUAGCCCAGGCGUUUGAUUCUGAGUACGCCUCUCUUAUGGCUGAGCUAGGCGAGACCUCAAAGGUUGCGCCUAUAUCUGAAGAAGGUCAAAAUGGCCAAUCUGAUACACCCAAGCCUCAAUCAAAUUGGGUCGGCCCACCUGGCUCGUCGACACCCGCUCGGAAUGGUGACUCCGGUACUCCAUUAAACACGGUGCCACCAUGGCGUGUAGCCUCAAAUUGGCAUCCACCGCAACCACCCCAACAUCACGGAAGCUCUUACGGCCAACGGAAUGCUUAUUCAUUUAAUGCGGCUCAGCACGGCCAUCACAAUCAUAACCAUCACGGGCAUCACGGUCAACACCAUCAGCAUUACUACCAGGGUCAGCAUGCGCACCACCACCCCCAGCAACACCAGCCCCAUAUGCAUCAGCAACAGCCUGGCCCGCCUAACAUGCCGACUGGUGCACCAGGAGCAGAACCUGGUCUAGCAUCAGCAGCACCUAGUUUCGUCCCUCAAGGAGCCUACGCUGGGUAUUAUGGUCAAUAG